AUGGCUAAAGAUUCGAAGGAAGUUAACGGCGCCGAUGAUGCUAAGGAUCUUCACUCGCUUCUCUCUUCUCCAGCGAGAGACUUCCUCAUUCGUAAUGACGGUGAACAAGUUAAGAUUGAGAGCUUGAAAGGGAAGAAGAUUGGAUUGUAUUUUUCCGCUUCAUGGUGCGGUCCAUGUCAUAUGUUCACUAAGCAUUUGUUGGAAGCCUACAACGAACUAUCUCCGAAAGCUUGUUUCGAGGUUGUCUUCCUGUCGUGCGACAAGGAUGAAGAGUCUUUUGUAGACUAUUUCGCUAAGAUGCCGUGGCUUGCUGUCCCUUUCACUACUGAUCCGGAAACACGUGACGGGUUGUAUGAUAUUUUUAAGGUUAAGUCAAUUCCAAACCUAGUGAUUCUUGAUGAUCACGGUGAAGUUGUGAAUGAGAAAGGGUGCGAUGUGGUUCGAGACUAUGGAGCUGAUGCUUAUCCUUUCACACCAAAGAGAGUGAAGGAGAUAAAAAAGGAACAAGACAGAGUUUGGAGACAACGGAUAAAAGAGGCACAAGAGAGAGCUAAAAGAGAACGGACUUUAGAUUCUGAUGAAGUUACAAUGCCAGAACCGAAGAGAAGAAUGUCAAACCGAACCAGAAUCGCGAACCGGAGGUAUGUGCAGUAA